GGUGAAGGUCACACAAUUUGGUGUACGCACAACUUCUGUGUCAGCAGAAUCCUUUGAAUUAAAAGCCCUUUUUUGUGGCUACUGUACAUUUUUCUGUCACUCAAAACAUACGAAAUCAUAAUGUUAAGUCCAUAAUGUAUACUGAACCACAAUGUCCUCCUUGGUGGGUUAUUUAGCCUACAGAGAACAAGGAAUCUAUCCUCCAAGCUUUCUCAGUAGAGCGGAGACGGUGAAGAGGGCUUUUAGUUUGGGUCUCAGCAAAUACAAAGAUCUGGAAGAAGUUCAUAGAGGAGGCGUAACGUCUCUUGACAUUGAUCCGGCCGAAGGUAGAUUCCUUUUAUCUGGAAGUUCAAGUGGAGAGGUUGUCAUUCACGAUCUUCAUAAUACAACAGGAUCUCUAAAAUACACAUUCAAAUGUGUGGCACACGUAAAACGUCCCAUAGGAAGGGGCAGGCAGAAUGUGUCCACUCAUGCACACUCAGGCAGCGUGGAAACUGCACAGUGGUACCCUUUAGACACAGGCAUGUUCCUGACCAGUGGGAUGGAUUCAAAACUGAAAAUAUGGGAUGCAAAUGCAUUAGUUCCAGCAGACAGUUAUGAGUUUGACAGCAGCGUCUACUGUCACGAUAUGUCACCAAUAGCAACCAAACACACUCUGGUGGCCUGUGGAAUAAAAGGGCGCAUCAAGUUAAUUGACCUCAGAUCAGGCUCUGCCAGCCACACAUUGCAGGGGCACAGGAAGACUGUAUAUACUCUGAAAUGGUCAACACGUGAGCCAUAUGUACUGGCCAGUGGAGGGGCAGACAGCAGAGUUUUGCUGUGGGACAUACGGAGUGCUAAAGGCAGCUUCAUGAAGCUAGAUCAACAUAAUGGAGCAUCACAAAGUGGAAACUCUGAACAAACAUCUACAGCACACAGUGGUGCAGUUAAUGGCUUGUGUUUCACCAGCGAUGGUCUCUUCCUUGUAACCUUUGGCACUGAUGAAAGGUUAAGACUUUGGAACACUUCAAAUGGGAAAAACACUAUGGUCAACUAUGGAAAGAUCAAUAACGAGAACGAGAAAUCAGUCCAAGUUGCCAUAUCAAAUUCUUGUGAUCCCACUCUGGUCUAUGUCCCAGAGUUUGCCGAUGUGGCAGUGUAUGAUAUGUUCAGUGGAGAGCGCUAUCAUACUUUACGUGGGCACUAUCACCAGGUGACGUCCUGUGCCAUUCACCCCAAUACACAUGAUCUGUACUCGGGGUCCUUAGACAGGAAUAUAUUACAAUGGACAGCAGAUAGGGACUCUGUGGAAGAGGCUCUUUAUCAGCAUGAACAUCUAGGGAAAGAUGAUGGAGGUGAAGGAAAAACCGUCAGUAGAACUAGUCAAGUUAAUGCUGAUGAAUGGAGUAGUGAUGAGGAGGAGUUAAUUAAUGUGCCGCUAGAACAGUUUUUAUAGCAUUGGUAAGCUAGAGAUUAUAAUGAUGACAUGGCAACUCAUACGUGAUACAGGAUAUUUUAGAGACUAGUAAAGACAGGAACACUAUAUAUCUUUGUCAUUGGAAUGUACUCGUGUUUUGAUGAAUUUUUCAAUGUAUUUUGUGAGGGAUUGCAUCUUAAUGUAACAUUUUUUAUAUUGUGAUGGCAAAUGUUUUUCUUGAUAUAUUUAAGAAACCAGAUAGGGAAAGGUAUGUCACAAUAAAGUACACAUCACUAAAUAUUGUCUCCACUGAUUAAUGAUAUUUUGUAGAUAAAUUUACCGUUGGAAAAUGUAAUGUAAGAUUGAACAUUGUAUGUAUAACUGCACCAAGUUAACCUUGUAGACAAGUAUCGUCUAUAUGGUAACAUAAUAGGUUAACAUUUUAUUUUAAUUUGAAGAUAAGAAAAUAUAUGUAAGAACCACAAGGGCAAAAGUAAGUAAGAUUCAAGGGGGAAAAAAACGAUAUCUUUGGCCGCCAAAUAUUCUCACACGAUCUACUGAGCCCAGUUUAGUUGAUAGCAGAAUUGUACUUAGUUGCUCUCUUUGCAGGCAUCGAAUUUAUAAACACUUUUUAACAGUUGUAAGUUAUAUUGGGUAUUUAAAGAUAAAACUGUCUUCCUGCAGACGUCAAAUCCCGUGAUAACAGAGAAGUUGGCGAUGCUGUGUUUCAGUAUUUAUUUUAAUGACUAUUUUUCCCUAAAACCAAACGGACCGA